AGACUCCAAGAGCAACAGCUGGUCAUCCAUCCCCUCUUCCCCAGGGGUCCUACCUGCCGGCCUCACCAGUCCACACGCGCACCGCCGCAAUGGCCAGUACCACCGCCUCGCCGCCGCCGGCCGCCGGGGACCACCCCCGCGUUCUGCUCCGCGGCUUCCUCUCCGGCGAGACCUGCAAGGAGCUGGAGUUCGUGCACCGGAGCUGCGGCGCCGCCGGGUACCGCCCUUCCGUGGUGUCGACGUCGCUGCCGCACCUGGCGGCCACUGGCUGCGGCCACCUCCUGCUCCCGUUCGUGCCCAUCCGCGAGCGCCUCCGAGACGCCGUGGAGUCCUUCUUCGAUUGCCUCUUCGAUGUCUUCAUCGAGUUUACUGGGCUCAUCAGUUGGUGUAAGGGAGCUUCUAUUGGAUGGCACAGUGAUGAUAAUAAGCCUUAUCUUAGGCAAAGGGCUUUCACAGCAGUUUGCUACUUGAACAAUCAUGGAGAGGACUAUAAGGGUGGAAUCCUGCAGUUUCAGGAUGGUGAUCCUUCCUCUAUUGUUCCAGUUGCUGGUGAUGUUGUCAUCUACACUGCUGAUAACCGUAAUGUCCAUUGUGUAACUGAGGUCACUGAAGGGGAAAGGCUCACCCUGACUCUUUGGUUCACUAGAGACCAAGCUUUUGAUGAGGAUCCAAAACUCCUUAGUUUUCUCUCUCAGACAUCAUUGAGCUGUGGACCAACUGAGCAAAAAUCUUAUAUUCCUAUGCCAGCCUCUGAUAACAUGUAUUGGUUUUCCUAUGAUCAAUCUGGUUUUGACAUACGAUAUGCUAGAGUGCAUGUCCUUGGGCUUAGUUUUCACUCAAGUAGUGGUGAAUACAAUACAUCUGUGUUACCAGCUGAAGAUGAUCCAAUAGAGUUGCUUGGGAAGCAACUGCGGCUCAGGAGGGGAGAUGAGGUCUUUGAGAAAAUAUUUUCUAACAGCUUGCAUGCUCUUCAGGUGGUGCAAUUCUACUACUGGAAAGCACCCAAGCUGGCAGCAAGGACGGAACAAAGUGCCAUUGGUUCAAGAACAGUUCGCUAUCCAACUAUACAUCAUUCAAGAGGAACAGAACUACCAUUACCAUGCAAUCACACACUUGCAGAAACUAUAUUUGGAUCAUUUAACGCUUCGGAGUUUACUUUCGAAUGGAAUGAUUUUGCAUUAGCUGUUGCUCUGUGGGAAAAUUAUUCGGAAGAGUUAAAGAAACAGUUGUUGACAUCUUUGCCAUACUGGCUGUCCAAUGGAACCAUUUUUGUUGUUGAACCCUCUGAGCUCCAGAGAACUGCACCAAUCUAAUGCUACAAUGGUGAUUUGGAUCUGCCUCAUUCUUCAGCGAAAUAGCUUGCAGGGAGGUAUGCUUUUCUCAAGCUCCACUGGGAGUACCGGUACAGUAUAUUCCCAUCAACGUCGUAAAAGAUGAAGUCAGCUUGGUCCUGGUGUAGCUGGAGGGACAUGAACCCUUGCCCAUCAUAAAAGAACUUGAGGCUAUCUUCAUUUGGCUGGAAGAAUCCUCUCCAUGCUCUGGAACCGCCACCGCUUGUGAAGUAUUGGAUUGGACUGGAACAACAGAAGCAUAUACGCUAUAUGGGCAGUGGUCAUGCCCAUUGAUGUAGAAGUCAACGCCGUUAAUCUGAAAUGGGGCAAAAAUAUUAUUGACCAGUUCUUUUUAAAUACGUUGAGGGAUAAAACUGUUGCUACUUCUGAGUAACCUUGAGGAUUGGAAGAAGCAGCUGGAGAAGCUCCUUGGUGUCACCAUGGUGACUGACACUCCUCAUGGUAUGAUGGCCAACAGCAAUCUUCCACUUUGCGGUUGAUUUCUUCAUUGCCUCAUCCAAAUCCUAGACGAUAGAAUUCAUGAAAGAAGAAUAAAUUAAUUUUGCUUCGUGGCAUAAUAGCAGUGUCUGUCAUCGAUAAAUUCGUUCCAAUAUAUGCACCUUCAGUAAGUUGGUUAUGUAUU